UCAGAUUGAUUUUGAUUUGCUCAGCUUCUUCACAUACGAUCGAUAUUUGACAUAAUAAGCUUCGUCUCCCCAUUUGAAUUGUGUAAGCGAAGGAGGAGCAGUUUCCUCCCGCUCUCUCCUUUCCCAUUCCUUCGUCGUCUCCGCCUCCAACUUUGUGCUUGCAAUUAAUCAAGCGCGUACGGCUGGCGCGAUUCCAUAGCAUCAGCAACCAUUCAAAUUGCAGACGGGAAUAUAAAGAUUCUUCUUCGCCUCAUUGGUUCCCUUGAAAAAGCGUCCCCCCCACCCCUUCCUCUUUUCGUAUCUGCUCAGCUGAUUCUCUUUAGGUUGGGAAAUUGUCAUGGGAGACAAGUCGGAAGGCAUUUGUCGGGACUUCUACGUACCCGAUUACUUACUCGUUCCUGGAUCUAAGCCCAGGAGGAUUACCCAUGUACCGGCAUGUCCAGUCAUAGUGUUCAUCAACUCCAAGAGUGGUGGCCAGCUCGGAGGCCAGCUUCUCCUAACGUAUCGCUCUCUUCUCAACAAAAAUCAGGUAUUCGAUUUGGGUGAAAGUGCUCCUGAUAAGGUGUUACACCAGCUUUAUGUUACUUUAGAAGUGCUGAAGAGUAACGGAGAUGACUUUGCCCAUGAAGUUCAGAAGAAAUUAAGAAUAAUUGUUGCUGGAGGGGAUGGCACAGCAAGCUGGCUUCUCGGAGUGAUUUCUGAUCUCAAGCUACCUAGACCGCCUCCAGUCGCCACGGUGCCACUUGGAACUGGCAAUAACCUCCCAUUUUCAUUUGGCUGGGGGAAGAAGAAUCCUGGGACCGAUAAGCAAGCUGUACAAUUAUUCUUGAACCAAGUGAAGGCCGCAAAGGAAAUGAAAAUUGACAGCUGGCAUUUGGUCAUGAGAGUGAAAGCUCCGAAAGAAGGUUCAUGUGAUCCAAUUGCACCUCUUGAGCUACCCCAUUCCUUGCAUGCAUUUCAUCGUGUCUCCAAAUCUGAUAGACUGAACAUGGAAGGUUACGACACCUUUCGAGGAGGAUUUUGGAAUUACUUUAGCAUGGGUAUGGAUGCCCAAGUGUCCUAUGCAUUUCACUCAGAGCGGAAGCUGCAUCCGGAGAGGUUCAAAAACCAGCUGUCUAAUCAGAGCACUUACUUGAAGCUUGGAUGCACUCAGGGAUGGUUCUGCGCUUCUCUUUUUCAUCCUUCUUCACGGAACAUAGCACAGCUGGCAAAGAUCAAAAUUAUGAGAAGACAUGGCAAGUGGGAGGACCUUCUCGUUCCUCGCAGCAUCAGGUCCAUUGUUUGCCUCAAUUUGCCUAGCUUUUCUGGUGGACUCAAUCCUUGGGGAAAGCCCAACCCGAACAAAAGACGUCAAAGAGACUUGACUCCUCCAUACGUUGAUGAUGGCCUUAUCGAGAUUGUUGGCUUUAGGAAUGCUUGGCAUGGUCUUGUUUUGCUGAGUCCGAAUGGUCACGGUACUCGGCUGGCCCAGACAAAUAGAGUCCGCUUCGAGUUUCACAAGGGUGCAGCGGAUCACACGUUCAUGAGAAUUGAUGGGGAGCCAUGGAAGCAGCCCCUACCAGUUGAUGACGAUACUGUCACGGUAGAGAUUUCCCACUCAGGCCAAGUCACGAUGCUUGCCACCCCAUCAUGCCAAUCAAGGAGUGUAAAUGACCCAUCCUCUCCAGUCAGCUACUCCAAUGACAAUGAUAACAGCAGUGGAGAGGAGGAAUUCAUAGAUGACUGGGAGGAGAAGAGAAAGUUUGGUGCUGCCGAUACUUUUAAGAUACCGGAUGGGGUUGAUAUCUCAUACUUCAGCUAGAGCUCCAGCGGUCACUAAAUUGUUCCAUGGCUUUUUUUUUUUACUUCAACAGUCUGGUUUUUCGUCUCGCAUGCUCUUGCAGAUUGGUUAGCACCAGAGGAUUUUGUGUCGGAGGUUCUCGGGAGUCCCGGGACCUUUACUUGACUGCAUCCCGACUAGCCGAACUAACUGCUAGCACCCUUUGUCGUGAGCGUGCGUGUGUGUAUAGUCUAUAGCGGAAAUCAGACAUGGACGGAAAAUUCUCUUAUUUAAACUCAGUGCGAUUGCUUUGUUCAGUUUGUGCC